UGACGUCAUUGCACAUUAUUAUGAAUUUCAUUAACACUUUUGGAAGAGUGACAAUCGAAAUAGAAGACAAGACGAUUAAGAUCUAGAAGAUUCAAGUUGAUGAUCUAUCAAUAGUAUCAUCUAGACUAGAUCUAUACAUACAUCUAGAUCUCUAUGACUAGAUCUAGAAUUUCUACUUUGAAAUUUCCAAACUGUUGAUAUCUUAAUCUGUAUCAAAAUAUUAGUUAUUUAAGAAAAUGGACAACCAUGAUCAACUUACUCAUGAUAUGAACAAUAGUGAUUAUCGUUCCGCCAUGGAAGCAGUAGAUAAAAUGGAGAGAGACUUAAAGGAGCUAGAAGAACAUUUUCUAAAACUGACAGUCCGCAGUUAUUUAUUAGAAGUGGCUCUAGCAAUACAGUUCAGUCCGGACCUAAUGCUAUCUUUGGAAAGAGUGGAAAAGAGCUGUGAAAUGUGUGCUAAAGCUGUUACAGAUGAAGCAGUAGCUUUCAAUGAAGAAAAGAGUGUCAUUGCUCCUGUUCAAUCAUUGGAUGAUGAUGCAGAGGAAGAAUUCUGCAAUGCUGUUCCUGAAUCAACUGCAGCUCUCACAGAAUAAUAAAAAUGUUAACAAUCUGUUUAAUACACCUUUUAAAAAAUGCA